UUUCCCGAGAAGCGGCAGGGACCUCGGCCUCCAGCUUACCGGGCGGAUCGAAGCAGCGGUCGGGAUGGUACUGCUGGGCUUGCUGCAGUCAGGCGGCUCGGUGCUCGGGCAGGCGAUGGAGCAGGUGACAGGAGGCAACCUGCUUUCCACGCUGCUCAUCGCCUGCGCCUUCACGCUUAGCCUUGUCUACCUGUUCCGCCUCGCAGUGGGCCACAUGGUCCAGCUGCCCGCUGGAGCGAAAAGUCCGCCAUAUAUUUACUCUCCAAUUCCGUUCCUUGGCCACGCGAUAGCAUUUGGGAAAAGUCCAAUUGAGUUCCUGGAAAAUGCAUAUGAGAAGUACGGACCUGUGUUUAGCUUUACCAUGGUGGGCAAGACUUUCACUUACCUUUUGGGGAGUGACGCAGCCGCCCUGCUCUUCAACAGUAAGAACGAAGACCUGAAUGCGGAAGAGGUCUACGGUCGGCUGACAACGCCCGUGUUUGGGAAGGGAGUUGCAUACGACGUGCCAAAUGCAGUUUUCCUGGAACAGAAGAAAAUACUAAAAAGCGGCCUUAACAUAGCCCACUUCAAGCAGUAUGUUUCUAUCAUUGAAAAAGAAGCGAAGGAGUACUUUAAAAGUUGGGGAGAAAGCGGAGAAAGAAAUGUGUUUGAAGCGCUGUCUGAGCUCAUAAUUUUAACAGCUAGCCAUUGCUUACAUGGAAAGGAAAUUAGAAGUCAGCUCAACGAGAAGGUGGCUCAGCUGUACGCAGACCUGGAUGGAGGCUUUAGCCAUGCCGCCUGGCUGUUGCCAGGCUGGCUGCCCCUGCCGAGUUUCAGGCGCAGGGACAGAGCCCAUCGAGAGAUCAAGAAUAUUUUCUACAAGGCCAUCCAGAAACGUAGGCUGUCAAAAGAACCAGCCGAGGACAUUCUUCAAACUUUACUGGAUUCUACAUACAAGGAUGGGCGUCCUCUGACGGACGACGAGAUCGCAGGGAUGCUCAUCGGACUGCUGCUGGCCGGACAGCACACAUCCUCCACCACCAGUGCCUGGAUGGGCUUCUUUCUGGCCAGAGAUAAACCACUUCAAGACAAAUGCUACUUAGAACAGAAAACGGUGUGCGGGGAGGAUCUGCCUCCCUUAACUUAUGAGCAGUUGAAGGAUCUGAAUUUACUUGAUAGAUGCAUAAAAGAAACACUAAGACUGAGGCCUCCUAUAAUGACCAUGAUGAGAAUGGCCAAGACCCCUCAGACUGUGGCUGGGUACACCAUUCCUCCAGGACAUCAGGUGUGUGUUUCUCCAACUGUCAAUCAAAGACUGAAAGACUCCUGGGUAGAACGCUUGGACUUCAAUCCUGACCGCUACCUACAGGACAACCCAGCGUCGGGAGAGAAGUUUGCCUAUGUGCCGUUUGGAGCCGGGCGCCAUCGUUGUAUUGGAGAAAAUUUUGCCUAUGUUCAAAUUAAGACAAUUUGGUCCACUAUGCUUCGUUUAUAUGAAUUUGACCUCAUCAAUGGAUAUUUUCCCAGUGUGAAUUAUACAACAAUGAUUCAUACCCCAGAAAACCCAGUAAUCCGUUACAAACGAAGAUCAAAAUGAAGAAAGGAACAAGGAGCCAGUGUGGAGACGGGACUGCAAGCUGCAGCUUGGCAGAGAAUGAAGCUUUGACACAGCUUUCAUACUGUACUGUUUUUUAAGUGUGUGGUUCUGAAAGCCAGUUUGAUUUUAAUGUUUUAUUAACUCGGUGAUUUUUGUCAGACCUAAUGGCAUUUGAAACAGUUAUAAUAGUUCUGAUAGGAUUUCAGGGAAGCCAAGUUUAUGUUAGAAAUCGUUUAGGGGAGCCUCGGUAUUCAGAGAUGAUACAGAAUAUAGCAUCCAGGUAACUAACUUCAGAAGCACACGUUGCCGUAGGGAGAUUCCGGCUUGGAACUAGUUUGGGAAGUUUUAAGCCUGGUCAGAUGCUACAGAGGCAAUGGGUCAUUGGUGUGGUUGGGCCACUUCUGUGCGUAAAGAUGUGAGAGGGUGAAGGAUAAGUUUUCUGCGAAGCUCUAGAUGGUGUGAGUGCCCUUUGUAGUGUUAACUGAGAGCACCACUCCAGCGAGAUGGCAGCAAUCUUGGACCUUAUCUUGAUAACCUUAUUUCCUAAAAAUAAUAAAUACUAAAGAGUACUUAUGUUAUUGGUUCCAGAAAAAUCCAAAAUCAAAUCCUUGUGGAAUUUUUAAUUUUAAUUAAAAAAAAAAAAAAACAAGUACCAUGAUUUUAAAAGUGUAUGAUUCUGAGCUUAGUGAAUUCUGGCCUUGAGAUUGAGGAAUGGGGACAUGGUAUCAUUGCCCGUGUUCUUUGGAGGCUGUGCUCAGGAGCCAACCUAACAGAUUGUUACCAUGGGCCUAAUUCUGACCUGCCCAUAAUCUGUAUUAGGAAUCAAGAGAUCUGUUGCUGGGUGUGGUGCUGCACACCUGUAAUACUAGUGCUCGGGCUGAGGCAGGAGGAUUGAGAGUUUGAGGCCAACCUAGGCUACAUAGCAAGACUUAACACCCUCCCCAAAAUAAAACCUUUUUUCUCUAAAGUAUGUGUACUGGCUGGUCUUAGGUGACAACCUGACACACGCUAGGGUCAUCAGAGAAAAGGGAACCUCAGUUGAGGAAAUGCUGUAAGGAUGCUUAGUGGUCAAUGAGAGAGGGCCCAGCCCACUGUGGGUGGUUCCACCCCUAGGCUGGUCAUCCUGGGUCCUAAGAAAGCAGGCUGACUAAGACACCAGGAGCAAGACAGUAAGCAGCAUCCUUCAUGGCCUCUGCAUCAGCUCCUGCCUUAGGUUCCUGACCCGCUUGAGUUCCCGUCCUGACUUUCUUUGAUAAUGAACAGUAGUAUGGAAGUGUAAGCCAAAUAACCCACCCCCACCCUCCCAACUUGCUUUUUGCUCAUGGUGUUUUGUAGCAAUAGAAACCCUAACUGUUACAGCUGUAAGAGGCUUUUGAAGACUCUUCAAAUGAAGGCCCAAAUCUCUGCUGUUAAAGGUUUCAGAUUAAAAUUCUCUAUGAGAAAA